ACUUGCAUUUUGUGCUGUAAAUUGUUCAUGACAAACCGGUGACGUUUAGCAGUGGGAUGCCCACUGUUUUUGGAAUAAUUGUUUUCUCAAAAGAAUCCCUAUACAGCGGUGCAGCCUGGAAUUUCCAGUAAUAGCGUGAAAUACGGUUGUCAUCAGAGAACCAUGGGGAAACGGAGAAUGCCGGAUCUGUACCGGGCCCCCUUCCCCCUCUAUGCCAUUAAGGUGGACCCUAACACGGGUCUAAUCAUUACGGCUGGAGGAGGAGGUGCUUCCAAGACCGGAAUAAAAAACGGCGUGCAUUUCCUGAGUUUAGAGCUGGUCGGCUCCCAGCACAGCGCUACCUUGCUGCACUCUCACGACACGGAGACCCGCGCCACCAUGAACAUGGCGAUAGCCGGCGACGUUAUCGCCGCCGGGCAGGAUGGAAACUGCAGCUUGAUGCGAUUCAAGCAGCAGACGCCCAAAGAGGGACGGAAACCCGCUUCAAAGGAGGGAACCGGAGGGAAAGGGGCGAGAAAGCGGGCCGGUCGAGACCAGAACGGCGGCGGAGACGUGAAGGAGACGAAGGACGAGACGGUGCGGAUGUCUCUAGACGACGUCGGGGUCGUCAGGUCCGACGUCAGCCCGCAGGACCCGCUCCAGAAGUGCGUGAGGUUCAGUUCCGACCUGACGCUUCUCUUGACGGGAGGAAUGGACGGUCACGUCAGGGUGUGGGAGUAUCCGUCCUUGAAGGAGAAGCUUGACUUCAAGGCCCAUGAAGGUGAAGUUGAGGAUCUGGACAUUAGUCCAGAUAACAAGCACAUUGUGACAGUAGGACGGGACUUCACAUGCAAUGUAUGGAGUGGGGAUCAGCUGGCAAUGGGGCUUUGUUGGCAUGACAACAUGCCCCAAAUCACAGACAAGAUGUAUCGUUACCUGCAAUGCAGGUUUGGAAAGGUAGAGGAUCAAAAAGAUGGUUUAAGAUUGUACACCGUUCAGGUGCCUCACAAACGAGACCGGAAACCCCCACCGUGCUACCUCACCAAAUGGGACGGGCAGAGUUUCUUGCCCUUGCUUACUAAACCCUGUGGUAGCGAGGUCAUAUCCUGUUUGGCUGUGAGUGAUUCUGGAACAUUCCUGGGCCUCGGCACAAUCACAGGAUCUGUAGCAAUCUAUAUUGCCUUCUCCCUGCAGAAGCUGUAUUACGUACGGGAAUCUCACGGGAUUGUGGUAACAGACCUUGCUUUCCUGCCUGACUCUCCCAAAAUCAGAGCGGUGAAGGGUGGAAAUGAAGUGGCCAUGCUGAGCGUGGCCGUAGACAGCCGCUGUCAGAUGCACACGGUAGCCAACCGAAGCUCGUUCCCAGUAUGGUUGGCACUGGUCCUGUGCGGUCUAAUAGUGGUCGGAGUGGUGCUUCUUCUUCAGUACCUAUUUCCUGGGUUCAUUUAAACACAAGGGAUCAUUUUUUUUUUUUUUUUUUUUUGCUUUGGAUGACAGACCGUGAAAAGAACAGUAUGUUCUGUUUCUCCCUCAGCUUCUGUUUUUCCACAUCAUCAACAUAACCGGAAGAACUUUGAACGGAGGACACAUAACCCUAAGUGAUCUUUACGGACCUAACGUUGGUGAUGUGCACCAAAAUGAAACGAAACGUGAUUUUUUACUAAUUGCAAUGAGAAGAAAUGACAGUAUUUAUCUUUUUUUUUUCUUUUUCUUUUUAACAAAAAAAAGGAAGAACAAUGCAUUGAACACACUUGCAUUGUGUAAUCAUUUUUUAGUUGAAAGGCAAGGAGACAUAUCUUAAGAAACAUCAGAACACUAUAAAAUGAAGAAUCGUUUGUUCACUUGCUGCGAUAUAUAUAUAUAUAUAUAUAAAUCGAACUUGCCCCCAUCACUUAUGUUCACGAGAUUCUGUGAAUGAAUUUGAAAACUCAGGAUUUGUUCUUUUUUUUUUUUUUCUUUUUAGAUUAAAAAAAAAAUGUAUAGUCUGGAAAGAGAAUCCUUUAUUUCUGAAGGAUAUGAUCUGCCUGGCUAGCUACCAACCCACAAUGCCUUUAAUGGAAUGCUGAGUCGUAGAGGGCAUUGUAUCUUUGGAUGUUUUAGAUGUUUAAGAAAAUGUAAAAAAUAUAGCUAAUUUCAAAAUGUUUUUUUAAGCGUCUGUCCAUUUGUUUAAACUCAGCCGCAACGUUUGCAGAUAUCUGUCUUGUAUCAGCAUUUUGAGUAUCCUAACAUUUGUUAAAAAUGCAACUAAUCG